AUGCAGUCUGGACUCGCGGUGUGGCAGGUGGUGGAGGCGUUGAAGACGUACGUUUACCCGAAGGUGGAGUACGCCCUUCGUCACCUGCGCCUGCUACAGUCGCAGCUCCAAGGAUUUGACUGCGCCGUGAAGCGUGGUUUGCGGCAUCUGCUGCGCCUGCCUCAGUCCGCCACCACCGAGUUCUUCUAUUCUCCUACAUCUGGUGGUGAUCUGGGACUGCAGUCGCUGGUGAAAAUGCACCAAGCGCUGCAGGUGGCACAUGCGUGGCAGAUGUUGCACUCCAAGAGCCCGGCGAUUGUUGCAGUUGCGAAGACCCAGGUGUGUCAGGUAGCGCGCAAGCGGUACCGACUGAUUGAAAACCACUUGGUGGGUCGAGACGACGAGCUUAUCCGUCUGUUCCUGAACUCGGAGCUUGCAUCGUCUUCCCAUGCUACUGUCAAUCGCUGGUCCGGCGACAUUGCUUCGCUUUGGGUGGACGUACAGUGGGUGAUGUGCGUCCACCAUCUCUGCUUGGCGGAACGCGCAGAGGACGACGUCCAAAAUGAAUUCGCGCUCCGCGUGCUUCACCAUAACAAGUGGCUCGACCACAAGGAUGAGUGGCGGCACGUGAAGUUGCACAUGGAGAUUCGCCACCAGACUCGGUGGAAGAGUCUGGUGGAUCAAGGCAAGACGGACCGGGUGCACGGUGGCCCCGGGUCCAAGUUUGUGAUGUCGAGGGCGGGUCUAUCUGAUGCCGAACAUCGGUUUGGAGUACAGGCCCGACUCAAAUAA